AGAGCCAAGAAAGUUUGUGCAAGUACAAAGAGCCAAGGCACGCGAAAUAGGGUGAAAGAGUCUGACGACAGGCACUGACCUACGGAUUUAAGAAGCGUACAAUUUAACCGGAUUACAGUUGUAUUUUUCACCUGUUUACCUUACUUCUCUGUGAAAACUGCGCGUUUCUGUGGCAGGCCUUCUGCGGACCCAAUGACUUGAUCUUUUAUCGGCCGUUUUCUGUCCCGGUAGAGCUUGCGUUCAGUGCUGCAGGUGAGAGAAAGAACGCGUUAAGGCACACACAUGGCUGCGCUGACGCUACCCAGGACGGAUCAUUUUCUGCACGCCUUCUUACAGGACCGGACGCCCAGCUCGUCCCCGGACAGCGGCUCCCACCCUCUCUCCUUCCUGGCCACCUCGGCCUGCGGGCAGCCUCGCCCGGCGGGCGGCAUGGGGGGUGCGGAGGGCGCUCCUCUGCCGUAUGACGGGCCGGUGGGCUCGGCCCCGGGGAUGUUUCCGCUGUGGGGCAGCGAGGUGCCGGGGGCCGGCGGCUCCGGGCUGGGGGCCCACCAGAUGGGGGCCCUGGCGGCACCCAAGGUCCAGUUCCCACCGGGUCACGCACAGGGCGGGCCGGGCAACCACUCGCACCACCACCACCACCAUCAUCACCACCACCACCACGAGCUGCCCCUCACUCCCCCUGCCGAGCCCCCAGCCUCCUACUCCUUCGAGCUCUCCCCCGUCAAGGUGCUGUCCUCCCAGGUGCAGGCCGGAGGGCCCUACUACCACCCCCAGCACAGCGGGAUGGGCCAGAACUUCCCCAGCUUCCUGCAGAACUCCUCCACCCGCCACCACCCCAUGGAGGAGGGCCACCAGUGGUGGAGCCUCCCCCAGAACAGCGGGGGCGCGCCCGGCCACCCCUUCGCCCUGGGCCGGCAGCUGGUCCUGGGGCACCAGCCUCAGAUCGCCGCCCUCCUCCAGGGCUCCUCCAAGGGCCUGCUGAGCUCCACCCGACGCUGCCGGAGAUGCCGCUGCCCCAACUGCCAGGCCUCCUCCGUGGGCGGGGGCAGCGGGGCGCCCCAGCUCUCCGACGAGCCAGGCAAGAAGCGUCUCCACAUCUGCCACGUGCCCGAGUGCGGCAAGGUGUACAAGAAGACCUCGCACCUGAAGGCCCACCUGCGCUGGCACGCCGGCGAGCGGCCCUUCGUCUGCAACUGGCUCUUCUGCGGGAAGAGCUUCACGCGCUCCGACGAGCUGCAGCGGCACCUGCGCACGCACACGGGCGAGAAGCGCUUCGGCUGCCAGCAGUGCGGGAAGAGGUUCAUGCGCAGCGACCACCUGGCCAAACACGUCAAGACCCACCAGGGCAAGAAGGGCCGGGGGGGCCCGGGCCACACACCCGCCGACGCCCUGCUCAGAAACAUCAAGAAGGAGUAAGGAGAAAAGACAUCCCUCUCUUCCCCCACGGACAUUCACCUCCUGUUUCACUUUAAUGUUACCCUACUCUGGUCCUAAGUCAUUACUCCUCCAGUAAUUGCCUUCAUAGGGUGCCUAGGUCUGUUCUCUGAGGAAACUGAACCCAGGGAAUUACAUUGCUAUUGCCUAAAUGUCCAGUCUUUUCUGCAGGUGGGAGAAAUGUGGGUGCAGGCUUUUAUUGUAACCACCGCUACA